UAAAUGCCGCCAGAGAUGUUGAUCUAGUAACCAAUCCAGUGUAAGGUCACAUCAUGCCCGAUCACUGGUGCAAGACUUUCAAACCGGUUGCUUGGUGACGGGGUACAGUGAACGCGCUUGGCGUAACACUAUCCAGAGAAGACAUUGAGAUACAACUUUACUCUCUAACAUGCGUAUUGAGCAUUAGAUAUCACUUUAUACCAUUCGUGUUUUUAGACUUGAGGGUAAAUCGACAACAGCAGCGAUGUUUUUAUCCCUGUUAGAUUACAAAAAGUUUGACGUGUGGAUAUCCAUUGAUUACUGAGGCUGUGCUCGUCUCCGCGUUGUCAAACACAAUGCCUAGCCGUCAAAAGAAAAUUAUAUUCUCUAUUGCGGGCGUGCUUUGCUUUGGUUGUGUUCUGGUCGUGGCGGCUGCGAUGGGGACUCAGUUUUGGGUUCAAGCGGUUGUUCUGUGCAAGACUGGCGCACAGAUCGUCAACGCAUCGGGAGCAGAGCUGGAAAAGUUCAUCGGAAGGGCGAACUACGGACUUUUCCACGGGAAGGGGAUGAAACAGUGUGGUCUGGGAGACAGACCCUUUUAUUUCUCCUUUUUCCCUGACCUGAUGGAUGUGGUUCCAGCCAGUCUACAUGUGAGCGUGAUCUUCUUCUGUGCGGUGCUCAUCGUCUUCUCCUCUGUGUCCUGUGCGUUCUUCUUCUACAAUGCCUUCGGAAGCCCAUAUGAGACACUGCAUGGACCCCAGGGCCUUUACCUCUGGAACAUGAUAAGCUGUUUCUGUGCCUGCUUGGUUCUCAUUCUGUUCUCCUCUGAGGUCAAGCUGCACCACCUGACCGAGAUCAUCUUCACCUUCAACGAGGGCAGCUUCGUCUACAAGACGCAAAGCGAGAGGUACGACAGAUCCUUCUGGCUCAUCUUCCUCACCUUCCUCACGCACAGUCUCAACAUCUUGCUCAUCCGCCUGGCCGGGAUCCAGUUUCCCUUUCAGGAGGCCAAAGAGUCCGAUGCUAGCACAGGAGCUGCGGAUAUCAUGUACUGACCAUGAUAACAUCAUGUUCUACUUCCUCCCCUGCACACUCGAUCCUAUCGCAGCGACUAGCAAUUCUCAACAGGAGCCUUGAAAAAGCAGCAUCCGGUUUGUUUACAGCUGAACAGGCAAGGCACAUUUGAGCCUCUUAAGCUGUUCAGACCAUGUGUGGCGGUGAACUUGGAGAUGCUCGUGUGUCUGGGAGAGAAGGGUUCUUAUCUCGCAGUGGGGAGGCGGGAGCGAGGAACUCUCUCUUUCAAACAGUCCGCUGAUGGAGCAUUCAUUCUGUCAAUCACUGAAACAAUUAACGCACACAAUUUCAAACGGCUGAUGAAAACACCCUGUAGUUUCCAGUCUGGCUGGGGACAUUACAAUUUCCUUUCGCUGUGGAUCUUUCAUAGUCGUAGCACAAAGGGAUGCGACAAUUGGCAAUUCUACAGUGACCCCAAAAAGUAUUUUGACACUUAAGCCACACUUGAAUAUGUAUGAAUGUCUGUGCAUUAGAUAACAAAAUAAUCAAACCAAGCAGCACAAAAAGAAGUUUGUUUAUACAUCCACUAAAAAUCACCAGACGAUUACAAAGUUUUGGCAAAAAUGGCUCAGAAAUGUGAAGUUAGCUCUGAGCAGGGUUAUUGUUAACUGAAACUAAAACUAAAACCAUAAAAAGCAUUAUUUCAUUAUUUGAAAUAAAAUAAACAACUGAAAUAAAAUAUAAAAUAAAUUACACUUAAAUAACUAAAACUCAAUACUAAAAGUAAAACCUAAACCUGAAUAAAAACCUUCAAAACUAAUAGUAAUAAAAACACACAACAAAAUUACUAAAACUUUAAAAUUAAAAAAUUAAAACAGAAAAUAUUCAAAUAAAAUCUAAUUCAAAAUAUGUAAUAAAAACUAUAGGCUAAUAUUGUAUCAAUGAUACUAAAACACUGGCUCUGAGAUAAGAUCUAGCAUUAUUUGUUUACAGGUGCUAUGAUCCAUGUGGUUUGAUAUUUUGUUAUCUAAUGCAAUGCCAUUUAUAGAUUUUACGUGCGUAUUUAGCGUCACUGUAUAAUGAUAUUCAAAUUUCUGAUAUUUUCCUACAUAUCCUUUAAACAAAACAAGGAUUGUAAUGCUUAAAAUUCAAAAAGUCACAACCAAAAAAUAAAUAAAAUAAUCAUAUAAUAAUAUCAAUCAGGUAUAAAAUAAUGUGUUGGCUUAAAAAAAAAAAAAAAAAAAAAAAAACAAUGCAAAUUUUUUUUAGUAAAUUUACGUUCAACCAACAAGCUACACUGAGUUACAGGAACUUAAUAAUUUGUAGCAUAAACACAAAUUUUCAAGUUGAUUAUUUUAAAAAAUUAAGUCGCACCAACUGCCAGAGUUGUAGCCCUGGAACCAAUUAAUCUGAUCUAUUUCAGUUCAAAUCAACUGCUAUUAUAACUUAUUUAACAUAUUUAAUGAAGAAGUAAGAUAUUACUUGUCACUGGCAUUAACGCAGUAUUUGCUUAUAGAGUCAAUGUAGUGUUUACCUUCAUGUAUCUACUCUUCAGCACAAUGGUAACCACAAAAACUUCAACAUUACAGAAACUCUUUUAAAUGUCAAAUAUAACAGCUUUAAACACUAACAGGUCUUUCCCCUUACUAUAACCAAAUAAGUUAACACAUCAUUUCAACAUUUAUUCUCCUUAUCCAUUCCUAUGCAAAGCAUGCUGGGAACUAGAAAUCCACUGCCUAAUUUCCGAAGAAAUUUGAGUUUAAAUUACAGAUAAUAUUAAGUUGAUGUAACAAUCAACAUUAUUAUGUCAACAGAACUCAACAAAAUAAUGUUUGCAACAUAAAAAGUUUAAUUAAAACAAUAAUUUUUAACUUGCAACCAUGCAUUUAUAUAAGUUGUGGUAACAGGUCCCCUGAAUGACUUUUUAGCACCCAGCUACAACCAUGGCUUUAAAAUAUCAGACACAUGUAAAACAUUGGCCACAUACACACUGUAAAGUUUCAGGAGUGACAGCUGAUCAAGUUUAUGGAGAUAUUAAAGUGGAAAGGUGCAGGUCGUGAUAUGUUGGCCUUGUUUUCAAUACAAACAUUAAGAUUUAUCUUGUUUUAUUAUGGGCUUUGUCUUGUUCGCUGUUUUUUUUUUUUUUUUCUAGCAAGAUCUGGCAACAAGAAUGAGUCAAAGCUCAUACCAUUUUUCCCCGCGGUGUUCUUCACACAUACAGAAGAGAGACACAUCUAUGAUGAGCAUUCAAAUACAUCAUUAACAACUUGUUCAGUUCGGUUUCAUACACACUGAGUAGAAUUUUAGUAAAAUGCAGUUGUCACUCCUGUAAAUUUCUGAACUGUGUGUGUAGGCCUGCAGAACGAGAUUAAUCACUAAAAGGUGAACUACAGCGUGUACGCGGCCAUUCAUAUUGAUUAAUAUCACUUAUCAGAUGAUCAAUAUAGUUUUAAUGUUAUCAUUAACUCUUAUACGUUUAACUACUAAUAUUCAAUAAUAUUAAUCUAUUUGCAUUUUCUUUAUCAUAAAUAGCUAAUUCUUACUUGUGUUAUAUGUGUUUAUACACUCACAUUGUGCCAAUGUGCCACAUUAUUGAUAACAAAAUGUUUAAUGAAUCAGUAGUUGGUAUUUGAUGAGAUAUUGAUGAAAUAUUUCAUGAAAUAUUCUCAAAUGGAAUUCCUAAACUAUGUUUUUACAUGAUUUUAAGUCAAUUCAAAAUAAUAAUACAUUAAAAAUGUAAUUAAAAGACUGUACUGUCUGUUUAGUUAUUUGAUUACAGUAUGGAUAUAGAAUGAAAGGGGCCAAAAAUACAACAAAAUAUGUACAAAAAUACACGAUUAUGUUAUGCGUAGGUAUCAAUUCUGAGAAACUCCUUUUCAUUGUUGUUAUGGGAGUGGAGCUUUUCUGCCCACAAUGCAUUCUGUUCCUUUACUCAAAAUAAAAUUUUCAGUUUCA